AUGAGCGGAAGCAAGAUUCAGGUUGCUGCUGUGCGCGAGGAGGUCCGUGCCCUCCUUGCUGCGUCUGCCGAGAGCAAGCGCAAGUUUGUCGAGACUGUCGAGCUCCAGAUCGGUCUGAAGAACUACGACCCGCAGCGCGACAAGCGUUUCUCGGGCACCAUCAAGCUGCCCCACAUCCCGCGCCCCAAGAUGACCGUGUGCAUCCUUGGUGACGCCCACGAUGUCGACAAGGCCAAGGCCAUCGACAUGCCGUUCCGCUCGGUCGAGGACCUCAAGAAGAUGAACAAGAACAAGAAGCUCAUCAAGAAGAUGGCUGCUUCGUACGAUGCGUUCAUUGCCUCGGAGGCCCUCAUCAAGCAGAUCCCGCGUCUGCUGGGUCCUGGUCUGCACAAGGCCGGUAAGUUCCCCACCCCCGUGUCGCACACCGACGACCUCACUGCCCGUGCCGACGAGAUCCGUGCCACCAUCAAGUUCCAGCUCAAGAAGGUUCUGUGCCUGGCCGUUGCCAUCGGUAACGUCAGCAUGGAGGAGGACGAGGUUCUCGGCAACAUCAUGCUUGCUGUCAACUUCCUGGUGUCGCUGCUCAAGAAGCGCUGGCAGAACGUCAAGUCGCUGUACAUCAAGAGCACCAUGGGCAAGCCCCACCGCCUGUACUAAGCAGCGCAUUUCUCUCUGUCCCCCAGCAGCCGUGUCCAUCUAGUGGUUGUUUGACGCAGUGGUUCUGAGGGCAGGGCCGGCUAUAUUCUGGCGACUUCCGCUCAACUCUUUCACCUGUACCAAGUUCACAUUGGGAAUAUUGUACAGUUACCAAAGCGCGGUUCCUAGUUUCCUCGUCCUUCUUUCGUGUGGCAGCUGUCCUGUUAGCAGGAGGGCUUGCCACCGGGCGUGGAGCUGGAUACCUGUUAUCCACCUAGGGCGUGUCUCUUGGGAGCUUUGUAGCUGGUCUCUUUUCUCUGAGUUGCUGCUCAAAUAAACACGCUGUUGGACAUAACCACCAUGUCGACCACGACUGCAAUUUGUCAAUUCUAUCACCCCCCCACUACUGCUGAAG